GUCUCCCAGAGCAAUGUCUCCAACGAGGCAUGACUGUAUGCGCCCGCCGUCCAUACUUUCCUCCACCACCGACCUACAUUCACCUCCCAUUCCCACUGAUUCUAUCGAUGACUCAAAGCAACCCUCUUCAUCGACAACGGCGACCAGCGUAUCUGGACCAUCAAAGCUCCCUAUGGCCAGCACCAGUGGCAGGACCUCAGCAGCCCCAGCAAAGAGGCCAUUCGAGCUUUCCGCUCCAUCUGCAUUAGAUGCCAGCACUAGCGAACCUCCGAGACAGCGCCAGAAGCUAAGCGCAACACAGAAGCCAAUUCCAAAACCUUCUAUACCACCAACGGCACAAUCAGGCGUUCCAAUUCUCAGAAUCAACGCUGCACUGUCUCAGGUGGCCUUGCCCGUUCGUCAGGCCAUGGUCAAAUCACUUUACGACCAUUUUGUUGUUUUAUACGACACGAUUCUUCCAACCAAUCCGACUAUCGCAACAGAACAUGCUCUUCGCCAGGAGGAAGAAGUAUACAAGAAGUCCAACAAACUUGCGUAUCGCAACGCAGUAAUAAGUUCAAUAGUAACUCUCAAGAAGCGUCCCUUUCCCGAUUCAAUAUCGCACCCUUCUGUAGGAACUGAAGGUGACCUUGCAAUUCGGGAAGAAUCGCGAAAGAAGCGGAAUUCCUUGCGGCUCACUCGUGCACAUCUCGACUCCCUCGUAAUGUCAAUAGAGGACAUGCAGAAGUGGGGGUACAUCACUGGGGUCCCGGACGGGAUCGGAGGUGACAGGCCACACGCCGAGGGAAAAGUGAUGCAAUGUGAACGAUGUGCACAGCCUUACAUGGUCAAACGAGAUGCCGGAGUAGAUGAAUGCAUAUUUCACUGGGGUAGACCAUUCACCAAGGCUAUAAAUGGCGAGAGAUUGCGACUCUAUUCUUGUUGCUCAAAAUCCACCAGUGAUGGUCAAGGGUGUAGCCGAGGGUCCCACGUAUUCUACGAAUCCAAUCCGGAGGAUAUUCAUGCUCGCCACCCUUUUUCCUUCACUAGUAAUCCAGCCCCCGAAGGAAAAUCAGCCGCUUCUUCCUCCGGUGAUACUGCCCUUGAUGUAGUUGCCCUUGAUUGCGAGAUGAUCUAUACCACCGGAGGUAUGCGGGUAGCACGUGUCUCGGUGGUGGAUGGUUCAGGCGCUGAAAUUUUUGAUGAGCUAGUCCGAAUGGAUGAGGGUGUUGAAAUAAUAGAUUAUAAUACCCGCUUCUCUGGCAUUACGCAGGAAGACCAUUCCAAGGCCACUUUAUCUCUAUCAUCAAUACGGAAUUCAUUAGAUGCCUUUAUAAACUCGGAUACCAUCAUUGUUGGUCAUGCCUUAGACAAUGACUUGAAAACACUGCGCAUGAUUCAUCACCGAUGCAUUGACACUGUUGUGCUCUUUCCCCACCGACUUGGGGCACCGUACAGGCGAGCUCUACGGGAUUUGGCAAAAGAACAUCUUGGCCUUACUAUACAGACUGGCGGUGGAUCAGUUGGUCACUCGUCUGUCGAAGACUCCAUAGCUACUCUUGACCUUGUACGGCAUUAUGUAUUGAACGACAUCAAGCCCAAGCCCAAGCCGACACCUUCAUCAACAUCGGCAUUAUCAGCUAAGGAAGGUACCGAUGUUGUUGCUACGUCUCAGUCCACACCUGCUUUGUAGCACUUGUAGCGCUGGGCUGAGUGAUGUAUGAUCAGCCAAACCUGCGAUGAACCCCAAUUUCGGUGAUGGCAGACAGAUCAUUAUAAAGCUCUAGUUCCCCCUGUCCCUGUCGGAUCAAACUACUGAUGCUGACAGUCGACAUCUGUAAAUAAGCCUUUUGAAAUUUGUUUGCUUGCUGACAAGGAUACAUAUACGUAGUAACUAAUUCCAUGAUUGUAUCACCUUUUUGG